UUCAAUUUGACAGCUAUGAAGAAGAUAAAACGAAUAUUUUCCUUCGGGAAAGGUGAGGAAUCGAAGAAUGCAGCUCGUAUAUUCACCGAACAAUCCAGCAGUCUACUGGAACGCCUGGAGGUGUUCGAACGGCAGCUGCACGAGCGCAUCGCAAGCCACAUCCCACGAGACCUGGACAGCCUGGAGCACCUCGUGCUGCAGCACAAAGACUGGGAGACAGGGCUGCACGGACUCGCCAGCGAUGUGGAAGAAGUCCAGAAUACCUUCAGAAGUAUCGCCCUCAAGACCCCGGCUAUGAAGAAGAGCCUGGAUAAGGUUAUGGGCAAAUGGACUGAUAUGCAAUCUAAGAGCCAGCUGUUCGUCGAAAGGUUAAAGUUUGUGGAGAUAAUAGUGAACAGCAUAGAGGAGAACAACCAGACCAUAUCGGAGUUCGAGAUCAAACUGGCGCAGUUCCACGACCUGCCUAAUGAUGUGGAAAUGUUGAAAGACAUGCACGAAGACCUGCUGCGCCUGCAGGUGGCGGUGAGCAAGCAGCAGGUGCAGGUGGACCAGAUGAACGACGACGGGGAGACCUGCCGCCGGCUGGUGGAGACCUCGCGCGCUGGCCUGCACGCCUCGCUGCCGCGCAAGCACGCGGACCUGGAGCGCCUGGACAAGGAGCUGGAGCACAUCAACACGCGCUGGAACAAUGUCUGCCAGCAGCUGGCCGAGAGACUGCGCAGCUGCGAGGCUGCAUACCAGCUGGUGCGGAGCUACAGCGUGGGUGUGCAGCAGGAGGUGGACUGGGUGGACGGCGCGGCCGCCCGCCUGCAGGCGCAGCCGCCGCUCGAGCACCGCCCUAAGGAACACCUCGAGACCACCAGGGCUCUACUUACAAGUGUCGUAGAAAGGACACCAAAGAUAGAGAAAGUGAAUGUCGAUGGAGGACGAUUUAUCCGCGAAGCAAAGAUCCACGGUUCCCGCUGCCAGCGGUACACGGAGUGGUUAUGCGAGGAGGUCCAUCCUUCGCUGGAUGUGCGUCAGUUGAAGAAGCAAGGGGAUGCGGAGCUCUCCCAGCGGCUGCAGCGCUGCGGGCGCGGUGCUGGGGAACUGACUGGCGCUGACGCGGUCGCUAGAGAGCUGGACGAGCUGAAUGCUAAGCAUCAAAGAUUGCUGGAUUUGCUGUAUGAGAGAUUGAGAAGGAUAGCUGCAGCGAAUCCUGGAGAUAUUGUUACAUUGCGGCUCGUGGAGGCAAUGGCACCAAGAUCGGCGAGAUCUUUCCGCCAGGAAUUCAAUAUGCAGGAUGUAGCGACUACUGAACAUACCUACACUACCUACACUACUGAAAAAUAUGUGAAAACCUCACAUUCGACGGAAUUCGACGGUCAAGGACCAGUAAAAUCAAUGGCCAAUGGCAAAUUAAGUUCGCCUAAUUACUCCACAAAAACAAUUAUAACAGAAGAAGAGAGACCCGAUGUUAGAAAGCUCAAACGGGUGCACAAAAUGUACGAAGGACCAAAUAUAAUAGAGUCACGGGGUAUUAUUCACCCUGAAACCAGAGAAAUUCUGACAGUCGGUCAAGCGAUCAGUAUGAGAAUCCUUGAUGUUCGCACGGGAAGACUUCUGUCGUCGCCCGAAACAAGACAGACAAUGACAAUAGAACAAGCCGCACAAGAAGGUCUCAUAGACCCUAAACUAGCUGCGAGGCUAACAGGACCUUGUGGCAUGACUGAAGACGGAAAUGAAGUAACUCUUUUAGAAGCUAUUCAAAGAGAACUCUACGAUGCUGAACAAGGCCUGUCAGAUCCAGCAGAAAAGAGAAUAAAGGUAACUGUCGAAGGCGAGAAGAGUACUACACAAGGAAUGAGUAUUUCGGACGCGUUAAAUCAGGGUCAGGUAGAUUUACAAAGAGGCCUUUACAGACUACCAAAUGGUACUUACAUCACGAUAGCUGAAGCGUACCAACGCGGCUUCCUAAUAUACAAUGAGAUUAUCAAAAUUAAAUCAAGCGCUUUGUCUCUUAGCGAUGCGAUUAGUCAAGAUUUAGUAGAUAAUAAUGGUUGGAUAUUGGACAGGAAUUCGGGCGAUAGAUUCCAGUUAGAUGUUGCCAUUCGAAACGAAUUAAUUAAUACCGAAUUCAGGGAAAUAGUUGAUCAUAAAAAUGACACCAAAAUAACGCUUGCUGAAGCUAUAGAAAGAAAUAUUAUCAACACGAUACAUUCGAAAUACAUUCAUAAUGUAACGAAAGAGAAGUUCAGUUUCAAAGACGCUGCCAGUAAACGUUAUAUCUCUAAACCUAUGACUCUUAAAGAUGUCUGUGAUAAUAAUUUAAUGACAAAUGAUGGUAAAAUACUGUCUCCUGCUAAUAGAGCACCUCUAAACAUAUUAGAAGCUAUUUCCGCGGGAGUUCUCGAUAGUGACAAUGUAAAUUGUAUAUCUAACACGACUACGGGACAACUUUUAACGUUGUCUGAAGCUUUAGGAGCUCGCAUCAUUUUACCUGACAACAAAUUCCGCGACAAUUUAACAGGUGAACUUUGUACUAUACCCGAAGCAGUAGACCGUGGUCUUAUCACCUCUGUUUCACAAAGAUCUAUCUUUGACAUCGACGGAUUUAGGGAUCCCAAAACCGGCGAAUUCGUUUCAUUCAAUACUGCCUUAAGUAAGGGUAAUUUAAAAUAUGUUAACGGCGAAACCUUCCUCAAAUCCGAAAGCGGUGAUUUUGUUUACCUCGAAGAUUGCACUAAAGUGUCAAUAAUUCGUCCUGAAGUUUUAGAGAUGUUUAAUCGUAAAAUAGGCGUUUUCGAAAAAGAUAAGGAACUUUCUGUGUUAGACGCGGUUUUCAAAAACAUUUUAGACCCUAAAACUGGUAAUUUACUUGAUGUUACAACUAAGAAACCAAUACCUUUCAAUAAAGCUGUAGAAAUUAAUAUGAUUACACCGGAGGGUGCCGCUUUACUAAAUUCACUUCUUAAUAUUACUCUGACACUACAAACAGUUACAAAAACUGUCAAACGAUACGUAACGGUAACUAAUACAAACACAUCUCAAAGGUCUGACUCUUCUGUUACAUUCACUGAAGCUAUUCAACGUGGCCUUAUAGACGAAAAUACUCAAACUUUUACAGAUCCCACAACAGGAACUGUCUUUCCUAUACAACAGGCACUCGACGAGGGUUUGUUAGGCGUAGAAAAGAACGAACCCCGUGUUACACGACUUUCUGAUCGUGUUAGCAAAAAAGAUUUAGUCCCCGGUCAAGUUGUAGAGUUGAAAAUUACAAAGAAAUCAUUUAUUAAAGAUCUUCCUCCAAGUCCGGAAAGCAAAUUGCAAAAUGAUGCUAAGCCAGAAACUAUUAAAAGCCCGGAACAUGUAAGGACAACUUUCCAGCCUCAUCAAGGUAUAACACACGAAAUUAAAACAGUUACAUCUAAAUCUACAUCUAUAGAACCUACAGUCACUUCUCUUACUAUCAAAAAGAAUACGAUAGAGUUACCUAAUGGUGGUUGGUCAUUAAAAGAAGCAAUUCAGCAAAAACUUUUUGAUCCUUCCACAGGUGUUUUUGUUAUUCCUGGUACCGAUAGAGUUCUGGACUUAGAGGAAGCCUUAAAACUUAAUAUUAUAAAUCCAGAAUCCGCUAAAGUAAUUGACCCUAAAACCAAAAAAGAACUCACGUUGCAUAAAGCACUCACCUUGCAUAUCCUUGAUUCUACAGGUCGUUAUAAAUACUUAACAGAAAUCAUAACUAUGAAAGAGGCCAUUGAGCGUAAAUUUAUUAUUCUAACACAAAUUACUCAAUCUACAUCGGUUCAUAAAGUCAUAACAAUAACCUCUAUGGCUGGCAUGCCAGACAAAAUGGAAAUAUCUGAACCAGGACAAAGUGUAGAUACAGAAGAACAAUCGGUACUAGAGCCAGUACAAGUUAUACCCGGCGUCAUAUUUGAUCCUGCAACCGCCCUUACUAUUUCCACUACGUCGGGAAUAUCAGAAAACAUUCUAGAAGCAGUGGAUCGAGGUUUAGUUCCGACAAAUUCUGUGAAAGUUUUAGAUCCAAAUAGUGGACAAAGGAUUUCUCUAAAACAAGCAACUGAAAAGGGAAUAAUUAACAAACGAACUGGAGAAUAUAAAGAUAUGUCUGGUAAAAAAAUUACCUUAGCUGAUGCGACCAAAAUUGGUCUUAUUGCCGUUGUUGGAGCUCCAUUAGUUGCGGCUUCUAAAGUGAUUCAAGUUGUAAAGAAUACAAUGGUAAGAGAUCCUAAAACAGGUGAAGAUGUGCCCAUGGAAGUAGCGUAUGAAAGAGGACUUGUUGAUGAUUCGACAUAUAAGAAAUAUGAAGAUUCUCUUAAAGAUAAAUCUGUGUCACCAACUCCAAGAGUUGAUUUAUUAAGUGAUCGAGAAAUUUACGAACGUGGAGUAAUUGAUCAAAAUGUACAAGAAAAAACACAAACAACUUCAAUGACAACGACUACUACCGUAUCACAAAUUGUUACAACUACAAUAUUAGACCCUAAAAGUGGUGAAACUUUGUCUAUCCAAGAAGCAUAUGAUAGAGGUUUGGUUGACCCUUCUACAUACAUGAAAUACAGAGAUUCGCUGAAAGAUGGUUCCCCAGAUAAAUCAUUUUUAGAAAAAGAGAAAAUAUCCGAAUCGAAUAAAACUACAUCAGGAACACAAAAACCUAUGUCUGUUGGUGCUGCUGUGUCAGAAGGAUUUAUAACAGUAGAAUCAAUACAGAAUAGUUUGUUAGCUGACACAGUCUCCAAACAAUUCCUACCUGCAAAGACAUUAAAGUCGGCCAGUAAAGAAGAUGUUAUAGAAAUUGAUGAGAAAGCUUUAAAUAAAACACCUAAGUAUAAAAUUAAAACCGUAAAAGAAAAUGCUAGUGAAACUUUGGAUUCAAAGCCAAUUGUAUUGUCUAAACUUAGAAAACGGGUUAUUACCCCCUCAAUAGCUCUUGAGAAAGGAUUAAUAGACGAGAGUACAGCUGAUAUUCUAGAUUCUGUUAAGCUGUAUAAAGACAAGAAUGGUAUGCCAAUCACGCUUAAAACGGCAAUAGAAAUAGGACUUGUUGAACAAAAUAAAGGAAAAAUAAUGGAUCCUAUUCAUGGGUAUUCCUAUUCAAUUAAAGAAGCCAUCAAGAGAGGUAUAUUAGAUGAAGAAUGUCAAGAUGAAGUAUUAAUUCCUAUUGCUAAAAGUUUAUCUAUAACCGAGUUAAUGGAACAAGGGUUAUGGGAUGAUAAUACGAAAAAAAUUAUACAUCCUGAAACAGGUAGUCUUUUGACUCUUCGAGAAGCUAUUAUUUGUGAUAUAAUUGAUCCUUUAUCUGCGGUGCAAGUAGCGCCGGGCAAGCUUAUUACCCUUGAAGAAGCAAUUGAAAGAAAUGUAAUCGAUACGGAUAAAAAUAUUGUAAAAACAAAUAGAGGUGUUUUGGACUUGGUAUCAGCCGUUAAUGCAGAUAUCUUCCCGGAAGUUAAAGACAAACCCUUAGAAAAAAUACCUUUAGCAGGAAUGACUCUUGCAGUUGCAAUAAAACGCGGAAUAAUCAACCCUACAAAAGGUCAAAUGAAACAUCCCCUUACUGGUGAAAUAAUUCCCCUAGAUGAAGCAAUUGAGAAAGAUUUAUUAAUGGGAAUUCCUUACCCACAAUCAUCUAAUACAAUUCCACUUAAGGAUGCGAUUGCAAAAGGUUACGUUGAUCUCUCUAAAUAUACUUUCACCAAUCCAAUUACAAAGGAAGUUAUCACUGUAGACGAAGCAAUGGCAAAGGGGUUGUUGGCUAUCAAACUUAAUCCUGAAAUAUUAGACACAACUGGAAUUGUAACCACUAUCACAGAAACGUUUACAUCACAGCAUACAGUUACAACUAAAAUGGUAGAGCUUCUUGCAGAUUACGUAUUGCUAAGCGCUAAUGAAGUACAGAAUACAAACACAGGAGAAGUUAUUUCCAUGGAGGAAGCGCGAAGAAAAGGUAUAGUAAGAGAUGAACAAACAAAUAAAGAACAUUUCAUUACUACUGAUACUAAUAUUAGUUUCAAUGAUGCUAUUAUGUUGGGAUACAUAGAUUUAGAAAAAGGUACCUUUACAGAUCCUAAAACGGGAGAAACAGUUACUGUUACUGAAGCAGUUAACAGUGGUUUAUUAAGUACUGAAGUUCAGUCUUUGACCGAAUUAGCGAGCAAAACUAAAGAUUUGGAGAUGCUCGAUCUCAAUGAGGCGUUUGAACUUUUAUUUGAUGAAAAAACUCAAAAAUUCAGGGAUCCGGAAUCUCCGAAUAAAGUAAUGACGUUCAAAGAAGCUCUUGAAAAGAAAGUAAUAAAUCCUGAUUCUGUGAUAUAUAAAAUUGGUACAGAUAAACCCAUAACUCUUCAAGAAGCUCUACAUACGGGUGUUCUGGACAGCAAGAGCGGAAAGGUUAAAGAACCCAGCACUGGUAGAUCGCUAGAUAUUAAAAAAGCAGCUAAGAUGGGAUUAUUGGCUGUUGUCGCAGCGCCAGUGUUAGCUGGGAUGGCAGUUGUACAAGGAGCGAAGGCAGUCACAAGUCAAGUUAUAUCACCCAAACGAAAGAUAGAAAAAGAUAUGAUUCCAACAGAGGCUGCAAAAUCAAUAUCUGGAAAAGAUAAAAAGAAAGAAGACGAUUUGAUCAUAUCUAAACAAAUCGUGCCCGACAAAGAUAAUCUUGAAAAUAAAGGGUCUAAGGAUAAAAUUGCUGUACAAGUUACACAAAGCGAAACUAUUCCUCUUAAAGAAGAUCAAAUUAUUAGUCAAUUGAACGAUGUAAAGCCAAAGCUUUCGAAAAAAUCUGAAGAUCAACCAAAUUCAAAUAAGACUUCAUCGAACGAAAAGUCAAGCCUCAUGGAUUCCUCUAAGAAUUUCUUAGAACAAGAAGUAGCGAAGUUAAACGAAGAAAAAUCCACAAUAAGGUAUGAAGUAACACCUGGGAAAGAAGAAAAGAAAGCAAAUGAACCUGGUUUGAAUUUAGAUAAACCUGUGAAGCAAGCAAUUAAGGAACCAACAAAACAUGAUACUGUUCCACAUGAAGUGAUAAAGACUACUCAAGAUGACUUGCGUGGUAAAGAAGAUGCAAAAGCACAAGUUUCAAGCAAAAAUGACAUUGUGAUAUCAGAAGAAAGGAAGAAAUCUGAAGGUGAUAAAAUCUCUGUUACUUUCGAGAGUCAUGAAAAAGUUACUAAGGGUCAACCUACUACUAUCACAGAAUUGCCAACUACUAAAGAUUUUACCGUAAUUAGUAGAACUGUUUCAACUAGCCUUCCAACUGAGCAAAUUAGUGAGCGCAUCAGCACCGAUGUAACAUCGGUUACUAAAGUCACAACAAUUGAAAUGAGCCAAAAACAAUCGUCUACCUCAACGGUUACUAGCACAGUAAGCGUAUCUUCAAAAGUCUAUAAAGAUUCUUUCGAUGAUAGGAACGAAGAUCAAGUCGAUAAGGUAAUAAUAGAAGAAAUAAUAGAAGAUGAUGAAGCGAAACCUUUACAACUUGAUAAACCUGUCGGUCCUGACCAAGAAGAUAAAAACAAAGAAAACGAGGAAAGUGUCAAAAUAACUGAUGUGACCGAUUUGAACAAAUAUGAUCAAACUCUAGAAGUAGCGACAGGAAUAAUAUAUGACCCCAAAACAAAGACCAUCAUUUCCCUUUCUACCGGGUCGGCUGAAGACAUUGCAACCGCAGUAGAUCGAGGUACUGUUUCUACGGAAUCAGUUAAAUUUUUAGAACCAAUUACAGGUAAAGAAAUGACCUUACAAGAAGCCAUUGAUAAAGGUAUUGUGGAUCAAAAAACAGGUCAAUUUAAAGAUAAAACUGGAAAAUCUAUGACUAUCAGUCAGGCAGCUCAAAUCGGCAUAAUAGCUGUUGUUGGAGCGCCUGUUCUAGCGGCCGCUAAAUUGAUUGAUGUUGUUAAAAAUGCAGUUACUUCUGACGAUAAAGACAGCAAUAAAAUAAGUUCCAAUGUAUCAGAAACGAGUCUAUCUCAAAAACCCGAAAUCGAUCAAAAAACAAAGGGACAAGAAGUGAGCGAAAAUAAUAAAAUAGGGCAAGACGCUUUAUCUAGUGUUCCUCAGGUAACUAAGACUAAAGAAAACGAAUUAUUAGGCGCGGAAAAAGUAAUCCAUACACAAAAAGAUACAAAAACCACCUCUGCUUCGUUUAUCGACGCUGAAAAACAGCCGCUUAGGGAUUUGGAUGAAAUUACAGAACAAAAUGUAACGAAGGUUAAACCCGAACAAGUAAAAGUUCUUUACGAAAACAUUCCUUUAAUUGACGCUAUUAUGGAAAGUAAAAUAGAGCCUAAAGUGUGUAGAAUUAUAAUAAAUGGUGUCGAGUCUCCACUUACAGUACAAGAUUCAUUAGAACAGGAACAAAUUAGUAGGUUUACUCCGGUAGACGUAAUAUCCAAGAAUUGUGUUAUUGUUAGAGAAUCUAAACCAAAAUAUAGUAUUGCGAUUUCACAAAAGUUAACUCCUGAGGAACUUUCCGAAAUGGGAGUUUAUGAUAUAGAAAAACAAGUAUUUUUAAAUCCGGAAACUGGAAGUAAACUUAGUUUUGAAGAACUUGUUUACGGUUUACACAUUUUCGAUCCGGAAUCCAUUUUAGUUAAAGAUUUAGGUUCCAAAUCUGAUAGUUACGUACCUUUCGAUGAAGCACUAUCUAGGCAUAUUAUUGACAAGACUACAGGUCACAUGGUAAAUCCCAAAACAGGUAAGCGCGUGUCGUUUUGGGAAUGCGUUCAAAUAGGUUGGAUAGUUGAACAGCCUGAAGACGUUUCGGUUACAGAGCAAAUAACAAUAGAAACUGCUUUUGAAAAAGGUUUAUACAAUCCAAAAACUGGUGAGAUCAAAGAUAUUAAUACAGGUAAAUUAGUUCCAAUUGGCGAAGCCGUCGAAAAAUGCUUAAUCGAUCAUGAAUCUUUGUUAAUAAAAUUGCCUCGUUCGAAUGAAAGUGUAACAUUAUCAGAUGCAAUUGAUCGGGGAAUCGUUGAGAUACAUGAAGGCGUUAUAACUAUUAUAGAAACUCGCGAAACGAUUGAAGUGUCCAUUGCUAUACAACGCGGAAUAAUAACUAUUACUCGACGACCUAUAUCUAUAGAAGCAGCUAUCGUAAACGACAUGUACGAACCGAUAUCGGGUAAAAUAAAGGACGCAGUCACUGAACAAUUAGUUUCUGUAGAAGACGCUGUUGAUAGGAACAUUGUCCAUCCAACAAUAUCUGAAAUUAAGGAUACUGCUUUAGAAAAAUUCAUUCCACUUUCUGAAGCUCUUGAUAGUAAACUAGUAGAUCCCGAGACUGGUAAAUAUAAAGAUAAAAAGACUGGUAAAGACAUUCCAUUAGACGAUGCUUUGAGAAAGGGCCUUAUCACAACUAAAGAUGUAACGUUCUCAUUGUUCGAUAUUAUAGAAUUAGGUUAUUACUCUCCGGACACCGGGAAAAUAUUAAAUCCGAAGUCAGGUCAAAUAGUCACCGUAAAGGAAGCUAUAGAGACAAGUCUAGUUGAUCCAUCUGACGUAAAAAUUAAGGAUGAUAAGUCUGAAGCGGUUAUUCCAUUUAAACAAGCUGUUACAUCUGGUCUGUUAGAUUUGAAAGAAGGUAUAAUGACCAGCCCUGUUUCCAAUCUUAAAGAUGCAUGUGAAAAAGGUUAUCUGUUAAGUGAUAAAAAGCCAAUGACGUUACAAGAAGGGUUAGUUCAAGGUUAUUACGAUCCAGAUACAGGUCUUUUAACUAUAAAUAACGUUACAAUGACACUAGAUGACGCUAUAAAGAUAGGUAACAUCAAUCCGGAGGCGUUGACAGUUAGGGACUCUGGAUCCGGAGAAAUAAUUACAUUAUCUCAUGCUAUUAAAGUAGGUAUUAUAGAUUCAAAGGAAGGUAAAGUUAGGGAUCCAAUACAAGGCGAUAAGAUAUCACUAACCGAUGCUUCAGAACGCGGUUUAAUUGUCCCUGCGAAACGUAAACUUAGUUUACCAGAGGCGGUAUUCAAAGGUUUCUAUGAUGCUAAGACUGGUAAAUUUUUACAUCCCCAAUUGAAAGACAAAAUACCAACAGAUAGGGCAAUUAAAAAGCGUAUGUUAGAUCCUCAAUCAACACUAGUACACAUAGGUGGCAAAGUCAUACCAUUCGAAUUCGCUGUUGAUAAAGGUAUCGUGGAUGGAAGAACGGGUAGUAUCAUGCUUGGCGAUGAAAGAGUAGAUUUCCGUGAAGCGUUCGAAAGAGGUAUUUUAGUUGAAGUUAGAAAGCCAUUGUCUCUGAUCGAAGCGCUUGAGAAAGGUGUGUACAAUGAUAUAACAGGACUGUUUAUGGACCCUCAAAGCGGUAAGAAGUAUACUUUAGCUGAAGCAAUUAAAAUGAGUCUUAUUGAUCCCCAUUCAGUGCACAUACAGGACAACAGGUUAGGUAAAUGGGAUAAGAUCACUUUAACCGAAUCUAUGGAAACUGGAGUCAUUGACAACAAAACUGGCAAGAUUAGAAAUAUCAAUAACGAGAAUGAGGAAAUUAGUUUACGUAAAGCAUUCGAAAUAGGUCUACUAGUUGAUAGCAAGGCUCCAAUUAGUCUUCAAAGAGCAUUACAUCAGGGCUUGUAUGACGAUAGUACUGGUAAAUUCAUCGAUCCAGCAACAAGUCGUAAAAUUACUUUACACGAGGCAAUAAGACGAUCAAUAAUAAGUUCAAAAUAUCUUUGUUAUUUCGAUAAGAAAUCUGAAAAACCUUUAACAUUAGCGGAUUGUUGUCGUAGUGAAAUCGUCGAUAGACGAAGCGGAAAAUUCAUUGAACCGGGUUCUGACGUACAAAUACCAUUAUCUGAGGCUAUGAGCUUAGGUCUCAUCGUUGACAUCGAAAGUGCUGGAUUCAGCUUAUACGAAACAUUAGCCAUGAAUAUGUAUAAUAUAACAGAAUUAGUAUUUGUCCAUCCCGUUACGGAAAGAAAAAUUACACUUAAAACGGCUAUAUCUGAGGAACUUGUUAAUCCAGAAAUGUCCCUCGUUAAAAACAUUCCAUCAAGUAAAUACAUUAAACUAACUGAAGCCAUACAAACAGGUAUCAUUGAUGACAAUAACAGUGUUUAUAUUCUACCAAACGGAAACCAAAUUAAUUUACUAGACGCUAAACAUCGUGGACUUAUCGUAAAUUCGAAAAAACAUCUUAGUCUCGAGGAAAUUAUUAGAAAUGGAUUAUUCAGAGCAGACAAUGGUAAAAUUGUCGACCCGAACACAAACGAGUUUGUAGAUAUAAACAAGGCUAUUGAAAUCAAUCUUAUUAAUCCUGAAUUGACGGUCGUAAAAGACAGUUUCACAAAUAAAUUUAAACCACUGCUUGCUGCGAUACAACACGGAGACGUGGACGUUACUAAAGGUAGGGUUCUAGAUACAAAAGCAAAGAAAACUUAUAGCUUAGAUAUAGCGUUCGAUAAAGGACUCCUCGUCACUGUGAACCAACCUUUAACGUCACAAACUAUUACUAGACGUUACGUAACUGAUUCCUCGGCCUUAAAUGAGCCGGUACUCAGAGAGUUCACGUUAGAUGAAGCAAUAAAAUAUGAAUUCAUUGAUCCAAAAACAGCGUUAAUUAAAGAUCCUCAUAAAAACAAAUACAUUCCAUUACAAUUAGGUAUUACUGAAGGUAUCAUUGACACAAAUCUUAAAGGCUCCUUCGACACACAAACUGGCAGGUCUCGUACAUUAUGUUUUGCUUUCGAAAACGGCUUAAUAGUUUACGUUAGGGAACCUCUUACGUUUGAGCAAGCGUUAGAAAACGGCCAUCUCAAUCUGACUACAGCUCGAUUUACUGAUCCACAUUCCAAGGAAGUUUUAACAGUAAAGGAUGCAGCUACUUUGGGUUACAUCGAUUCAGACACUGCGCUGAUUAAGGAUAAUCUCAAAAAGAGACUGGUGAAAUUACCAGAAGCGUUCCGUAAAGGCCUCAUGGACGCAGAAAAGGGUAACAUAUUAGAUACGGAGACAUCUAAACUUAACACUUUGUCUGCUGCAAUCGAAAGUGGCCUGCUUAUGACACCCAAAAAGAGCUUUACUUUGAUUGAAACAUUGAACUUCGGUAUCUACAAUCCGACGACAGGCGCUUUGAACGAUCCAUUUAUAACGACGAGUGUAAUAGAUAGAAAGAGACUUACAUUAGGCGAAGCAAUCCAUCAAGGUAUUGUAGAUCCAUCUAGCACUGUUGUGAAGGAACCAGAGACAGGAAAGAUUUGGCCAUUGACUCAAGCGAUUGAACAACAAUUAAUAAAUCCAGUCGAAGGCAGGCUUAUAACCGAUCCACAGAAAGGGACAAGUAUCGAUUUAGUCAAAGCACUAAAGAAAGGACUGUUACUGCCAGCAGAAACAAGGCAAGCGGUGGAGGAGAAGUACAGGCUUUGUGAUGAUACAUUGUCCAAGUUGCUGGAAUGGAUCGCGAUGGUUGAAGAGAGGUUGGCUAACCAAGAACCAGUCAAAGAGAACAUGGACGAACUCCGAAACCAGAUUAAUGUGUUGAAGCUGAUUAAGGACGAUUUAGAAAGCCAUCAGCGCCAAGUCUCAGCUUGCGCGGACCAAGCUAAACAGCUUCUUGUGUCCGGAGGUGAUGUUUUGGCUCCACAUGAGGUGGCAGCUCUUGAACGAGGAGUGCGUCAACUGAAGCAGAGAUUCGACAGAUGUACGGAACGAUGCGACAAGAUGCUGAGAAGACUUGCUGCCGCAAGAGAUGAGCUCGGAAAAUUCACGAAUGAACUGAACACCUUUGAGUCGUGGAUGGACGGUGCUUACCGUAACUUGGAGGAUAAGGAAGCAGCUUUAUCCAACUUGGACAACUUGCCGGCGCACAGCGAGGAGGUGCGCGAGUUCGUUUCGGAUGUGAUCGCGCACCAGGCCGACAUCAGGUUUAUAACCAUGGCCGCGCAGAAGUUUAUCGAUGAAAGCAAGGAAUUCGUAAGUAUAGUGAACGAGCAGCGUGCGUCUUUGGAGUCCCGUUCCGCGCCGCUGUCAGCCGCGCUGCUGCACUGCCAGGGUCUGCAGGAUGCUGCGGAGGCGCAGGCCAACUGGCUCGCACAGGCUGAGAAUGCUUUCAAGAGUCAACAGAAGGCCGCGUCGUUAAUCCGCGAGCGGCUCGACGAGCAAGUUCGCGAGCAACGCCUCGCGCACAACGAGGCGGAGGCUCGGCGCGCCACGCUCGCGCAGCUGCUGGCGGGCGCGCGCGACGCCGCACGAGCGCCCUCCAACGCCAGGAUCGCUAAGAAACUCGAACAAAGGGCUGAAGAUAUUUAUGCCAGAUACGAGAAGUUAGUAGAGAGGUCCAGCAAGCGUGGUCAAUUCCUAGAGGAAGUGAGUUCAGAGUUGUCUCGCUUCGCGCAGCAAGCAGCUAAGCUGGAGGCGGCGCACGCGCAGCUGCUGGACAUGGGAGACACACGGAUACACGAACUGAUCGCUGCUAGGGACAAACAAAUGCCAUUAUUGGAGGAAUGUCUACGUAACGGGAAACAACUGCUGGCAAAGAAAGAUGUCACCGACACGCAUGUUGUACGUGACAGGAUUAAGGGUCUAGAGAACCAGUGGCGAGACUUCAAUACCAAUUUGGAAGAGAAACAGAAAUUGUCUAAGCAGAGAGCUGAUCACCUGAAUCAAUACGAGACCUUGAGAAUACAGGUGGUAGAGUGGCUGCACGUGAUGGAGGAGCGCGUGUCGCGGCUGCAGCCGGUGGCCGUGGACCUCGAGCUCGUGAAGGUGCAGCACGAGGAGUUGCGACCUUUGACCAAGGAGUAUAGAGAUUUCUCUAUUAAUAUUGACAAAGUGAACGAGGCGGGUGCGUUGUACGAGAACUUGUCCCGCGGCGAGCGCGCCGACAGCCCGCACCGCCGCCGCCAGAUAUACAGCCCUACUAAACGACAAACACCUACUCGUUCCCUGGACGCAAGAUCUCCAUCUCCCAGCAAAGGUCACAUGGUGAGCCCCGGCUCCGCCUCCAGCGGCUUCUCCAGUAGACGCUCAAGUCAAGAUGGCUUCCAUCUAGAAGAACUUUCUCCAGUACAGCAGCAGCUGUCGGACAUCAACAACCGCUACGGCCUGAUCGGCAGCAAGCUGUCGGACCGCCAAGCUGAAAUAGACUCUAUCAGAGACGAAAUAAGGAAGCAUUUGGAUAACUUCCGAGCUCUUAACAACUUCCUUGAUAAGGUACAAAGACAAUUACCGAAGGAGUCGGUACCCAACAGUAAGGAUGAGGCGGACAAGACCAUCAAGCAGGCGAGAGCUGUCCUCGAGGAAAUGUAUGAAAAACAGAGUCUAUUGGACUCUACUAAAACACAGAUCCUGUCGCUGCUGAAGCGCAAGCAGAGCGCGGCGGGCGCAGACAGGCUGCACGACGAGCUGCAGGACACCGCCUCGCGCUGGAAGUCCCUACACGACGCCUUCAAGGACAAGAUCCGUCUAAUGGAGGAGAUGAAGGACUUCCACGACACCUACAACAACCUGUCGCAGUGGCUGAGCGCUAAAGACCGCAUGAUGGCCGCCCUCGGACCCAUCUCCUCCGACUCCAGGAUGGUGCAGACUCAAGUGCAGCAGCUGGACAAGCACGAGCCGCUCUACAGGCAGCUCAACCAGAGAGAACAUGAGAUUAUCAUGCUGCUGGAUAAGGGUCGUGAAAUGGAGAAGAAACCCUCGCACCAGAACCUACGCAAGGAGCUGGACCGCAUCCAGACACAGUGGGACAAGCUGAAGCGGGAGACAGUCGACCGCUACAACAGACUGCAGACCGCUAUGGAGCACUGUCGUAAAUACAGCAAGGCGCAGGAGUCCUUCCUACCGUGGUUGUCGGACACGGAGGAGCGGCUGCUGAAGCUGCCCCCCACCACAUUCACUAAGAAGGAGGUGGAGAAGCAGCUGCGUGAGCUGCAGCAGAUCAGAAACGAUAUCUGGAAGAGGUCUGGAGAGUUCGAGAAUAACAAGACUCUAGGAGAAACCUUCAUCUCAGCGUGUGAUGUAGACCAGGAGGUGGUGAGAAACCAACUCGAUAGCAUGAAGGAGAGAUGGGACAGAAUUAACAACGAAGUACUCCAGCACGUGGAAUUCCUGGAGUCAACGUUACGUAAGCUGGGCGAGUUCUUGGAGCGUGUCCGCGGCGUGGAGGCGCCGCUGCAGCGCUGCGAGGAGCGGCUGGAGGCGGCCCGCAGCGCGCCGCCGCACGCCGCGCACGACGCCGUCGCCAGGAUCGCGGACCAGCUGCACGCGCUCAGAGCACCGCUGCAGAGCAUGCACGGCGCAGCGGAGGACAUAAUCUCUCUAGCGCUGGAGUGCGCAGGUCCAGAAGUAGCGGAGCGCGCUAGACCUGUUCUAGAAGAGACUGCCCGUGCGCUGUCCGACCGCCUGCAGCAGCUGGAGGCACGCGCUGAUGAGGCGCGAGACCAGCUGGCCGGCGCUACUGCUGCACUCGCACAUUUCCAGGACAAAGUAAAAGGCGUAUCCCACGACUUAUCAGACUUGGAGAAGGAACUGGACAGUAUGAAGGCACCUGGACGUGACGUGAAGACAGUCCGUCAGCAGCUGGAUGACCUGGCGCGGUAUUACAAGCGCCUUGAGUCGGCUGACGACCUGAUAGCUGAUGCUGAACGGGCUGCUGAGGGUCUGGUUGACAGUGGACACUCCGUCGACGUUGCUAAGACUAGGGACCAGGUGGAAGGACUCCGCAAACAGCUGGGUAAAUUAGACGAGCGCGCUCGCAGCAAGGAACAAGAUCUGGAGGACACACUGUCCAAGCUGGAAGCCUUCUACAAGGCAUAUGACGCUGUCAUGGAAGACGUGCAAGAGGCGACAGAACAAGUGCGAAGCCUAAAGCCGGUGUCCUCAGAAGUGGAGCAGAUCAGAUCCCAACAGAAAGACUUCGCUGACUUGAAGACCAAGACCCUGGAGCCUCUCGGCCAGAAUGUGGCGCACUGCAACAAGAUCGGCCAGGGCCUGGUGCGCUCUGCCAACCAGGGCGUCUCCACGCAGACCUUGGAGAAAGACCUGGAGAAGAUGAAUGAUAGAUGGAAUGCAUUGAAGGAAAAGAUGAACGAACGUGAGCGUCGUUUGGACGUAGGUUUGCUGCAAUCAGGCAAGUUCGCGGAAGCCCUCGCUGGGUUGGAGAAGUGGCUGAGCGACACCGAGGACAUGGUUCACAAUCAGAAACCACCCUCAGCUGAUUACAAGGUGGUGAAAGCACAAUUACAGGAGCAGAAGUUCUUAAAGAAGAUGCUGAUGGACCGUCAGAACUCGAUGUCGUCGUUGUUCGCGAUGGGCAACGAGGUGGCUGCCGGCUGCGAGCCUGGCGAAAGGAAGGCGGUGGAGAAGCAGCUCAAAGCCCUGAUGCAGCGCUUUGAUGCCCUCACUGAUGGUGCACAACAGAGGAUGCUGGACUUGGAGCAGGCUAUGAAGGUGGCGAAACUGUUCCAAGAACAGCUGCAGCCGUUGGUGGAGUGGCUGAGCAGUGCGGAGAGGCAGGUUAAAGCCCUCGAGCUGGUGCCCACUGAUGAAGAGAAGAUACAACAGAAGAUAAGAGAGCAUAAGAUCCUUCACGACGAUAUACUAUCAAAGCAGCCAGCGUUUAAGGAGUUAACAGAAACUGCGUCUGCCCUCAUGGGGCUGGUGGGAGAUGAUGAGGCUACCGCGUUGGCCGACAGACUACAAGCCGCUGCUGACAGAUACCAAGCCCUAGUAGAACACAGCCUGAACAUCGGAGAUCUGCUGGACAACUCCCGCAAGGGUCUACGUCACCUGGUCCUCACCUACCAGGACCUGUCAGCCUGGAUGGAUGCCAUGGAGCAGUACCUCACCAAGAGGAAGAUCCUACCAGUCCACAUGGAGAAAUUGCUUCGACAGAUGGACGAGCUAGCUGAGAAAACUGAAGAGAUAGCAACCAAACAAGAGGCAGUGGACAGUACAGUGGAAUCAGGGUUGGAACUGAUGAAACAUAUAUCUGGAGACGAGGCUCUGCAGCUGAAGGAGAAGCUGGACGCGCUGCAGCGGCGGUACAUCGAGCUGAGCGGCCGCGGCGCCGACCUGCUGCGCCACGCCUCCGAGACCCUGCCCCUCGUGCAGCAGUUCACCAACAGCCAUGCUAAGUUAACAGAAUGGAUGGCGGGAGCAGAAACCUGCCUACAAUCUGUGGAGCCUCUAGAAGAGGAUAUUCUCCGAUUAGAAGCCGAAAUCCAGGAGUUUAGGCCAGUGCUGGAAAACAUCAACCUGGUUGGACCACAACUGUGUCAGAUAUCUCCUGGGGAAGGCGCGACUCACAUUGAGGGCACAGUGACCCGUGACAAUAGACGCUUCGACUCCAUCGCGGAGCAAGUACAGAGGAAGGCGGAGAGAGUGCUGCUCAGCAAGAAGCGUUCACUGGAAGUGGUAGGCGACAUAGAGGAGUUGAUAGAGUGGCUGCGCGCCAUACAGCUGCAGCAGGUCGCGCUGCAGGAGAUCCGCCACGAGAUAGACCACACCAAGCCUGAGGUUGAAAAAGUCCGUAAAUCUGGUUCUACCUUGAUGUCUAUCUGCGGGGAGCCUGACAAGCCCGAGGUGAAGAAGCACAUGGAGGACCUGGACAGUGCCUGGGACAACAUCACCGCACUCUACGCUAGAAGAGAAGAGAACCUCAUCGAUGCCAUGGAGAAGGCCAUGGAGUUCCAUGACACCUUACAGAACCUUCUCGAGUUCCUCGACACAGCGGAGCAGAAGUUCUCCAACAUGGGCACUCUGGGCUCCGACAUCGACACAGUCAAGCGACAGAUCGCCCAACUGGCGAACUUCAAACAAGAAGUCGACCCUCAUAUGGUCAAAGUCGAAGCAUUAAACAGACAAGCGCAAGAGCUAACGGAACGUACAUCAUCUGAGCAAGCGGCGGCGAUAAAGCAGCCACUAACCGAGGAAGCAGGUGAAACAGCAGAGAAGCUGUCGACUCUGAACAGGAAGUGGCGCGCCUUACAGCAGAAGGCCAGAGACCGACAGACGGAACUAGAAGAUGCACUUAGGGAGGCACAGAGCUUCAACGCGGAGAUCGGAGACUUGCUGUCAUGGCUGUCGGAAGUAGACUCAGUGAUCGCUGCUUCGAAACCAGUAGGAGGACUUCCGGAAACCGCCACAGAACAACUAGACAGGUUUAUGGAGGUAUACAAUGAGAUCGAGGCCAACCGUCCCAAGAUGGAGGCGGUUCUGCAGCAGGGUCAGGAGUAUCUGAAGCGGCAGCAGAAGCCCAGCCCCACCUCGCAGCUGCACCACAACCUGAAGAACUUGAAGUCCAGAUGGGAUAAUGUCACCUCCAGGGCCUCUGACAAGAAGAUCAAGUUAGAGAUAGCUCUGAAGGAGGCGACGGAGUUCCAUGAUGCGCUGCAGUCGUUCGUGGACUGGCUGACCAGCGCCGAGAAGACCCUCACCUCAGCUAAACCUGUCUCCAGGGUUAUGGAGUCGUUGCUCACACAAAUCGAGGAGCAUAAAGCGUUCCAGAAGGAGGUAGCUACGCACCGCGAGACGAUGCUGCAACUGGACAAGAAGGGCACACACCUGAAGUACUUCAGCCAGAAGCAGGAUGUGAUCCUCAUCAAGAACCUGCUGGUGUCGGUGCAGCACCGCUGGGAGCGCGUGGUGGCGAAGGCGGCGGAGAGAACACGCGCACUCGACCACGGCUUCAAAGAGGCUAAGGAAUUCAGCGAUAUGUGGAACAACUUGAUGUCCUGGCUGUCAGAGACUGAACAACAACUGGACCAACUCAACUCUGAAGCAAAUGUCAACGACCCUGAUAAGAUCAAACAGAGGUUGAACAAACAUCGGGAGUUCCAAAAGGCGUUGGCAGGCAAGCAGCCGGCGUACGACCUGACCACCAAGACCGGGAAGACGCUAAAGGAUAAAGCGCCCAAAACUGAUGAGACCACGCUGAGGACCAUGCUCGCGGACCUCAAGACCAAGUGGACCACCGUCUGCUCCAAGGCCGUUGACAGACAACGUCGUCUAGAAGAAGCUUUGCUGUACUCGGGCCAGUUCAAGGAAGCGAUGUCAGCGCUGCUGGACUGGCUUAAGAAGAGGGAGAAGCUGUUGGCAGGAGACGCGCCAGUGCACGGAGACCUUGAUACUGUCAUGGCACUCAUUGAACAGCACAAGCAAUUUGAAGAAGAUUUACAUUCGCGAGAACAACAAAUGCAAUCAGUCAUGAAGACAGGCAAAGAUUUAGAGGCCACGAUCGAAUUACACAAUCUUACAUAUGUUUCAAUACUCAUUUGUCAAAAAUACACUCUAAACGUUAGUCUUAUAGCCUUGAAGUAUGUUUAAACUCAAAUUUAUUUAUAACACGUUGUUUGUCAGGCGGAACGUCUCCACAAGUCAGUAAACAUGCUACUGGAAUGGCUGUCGGACGCCGAGACCAAGCUGCGGUUCUCCGGCCAACUCCCCGAAGGAGACCACGAGACCGCGCUCCAGAUCCAGGAGCACGAGCGCUUCGUGCGGGAGUUGGGGGAGAAGCAGCGGGACAAGGAGGAGACGAUCUCCCUCGCUCAGUCUAUCUUGGCGAAGGCGCAUCCUGACGCAGUCACUGUUAUUAAACACUGGAUAACUAUUAUACAAAGUCGAUGGGAUGAGGUAUGGCAAUGGGCGAUGCAACGCGGCACCAAGCUGGAGACGCACAUGAAGAGCCUUAAGGACUUGGAUCUGGUGCUGGAGGAGCUGCUGCAAUGGCUCACUGGACUGGAGAACACUUUGAUAUCGAUGGAAUCUGAACCGCUACCGGAGUCGAUUGAACUUCUAGAAGGACUCAUAGAAGAUCACAAGGAGCUGAUGGAGCACACACAGAAGAGACAGAACGAAGUCGACAGGGUGUGCAAGGCUUACCAGGUGAAGAGUCAAAGUCAAGGUCGUGAGACCACAACACGCAAGGUGUCAGCCAAGAGCGCGACGAAAGGAACACCUGGGCGCGGCUCGCAGCACGACCUGCAUAGAGAUCGUUCGGUGUCGCCAGAUUAUUACGGCAGUAGGAGAUUCAGGUCCAGGAUUCACAGUGGAAGUAGGAGAGGAAGUCGCGUGAGCCCCGGCCGAGAGACCCCUGACCGCAAUCUCCCGCACUACGGCCCCAGAUUCCCGCCUAGGGGCAGUAAGGGCCUAGAACCAGAGUUCCGUUCUCCACGCGUGAAAUCUUUGUGGGACAAAUGGCGUACAGUGUGGCUGCUGGCGUGGGAGCGACAGCGCAGGUUACACGAACGUCUCGCACAUCUUCAUGAACUACAGCGUGUUUCCAACUUCAGCUGGGAUGAUUGGAGGAAGCGGUUCCUCAAGUUCAUGAACCACAAGAAGUCUCGCUUGACGGACCUGUUCCGCAAGAUGGACAAGGAUAACAACGGUCUCAUUCCACGGAACGAGUUCAUCGACGGCAUUAUUAACACCAAAUUCGACACAUCCCGUCUGGAGAUGGGCGCGGUAGCUGACCUGUUUGACAGGAAUGGCGGCGGACUCAUCGACUGGGAGGAGUUCAUUGCGGCUCUCAGGCCGGACUGGGUGGAGCGACGCGGGCCGCCGACGGACGCCGACAAGAUCCACGAUGAGGUGAAGCGGCUGGUGAUGCUGUGCACCUGCAGACAGAAGUUCCGCGUCUUCCAAGUCGGCGAGGGGAAAUAUCGGUUCGGAGACUCUCAGAAGCUCCGGCUGGUGCGUAUCCUGAGGUCCACGGUGAUGGUGCGCGUGGGCGGCGGCUGGGUCGCAUUAGAUGAGUUCCUCGUCAAAAACGACCCCUGCAGAGCUAAGGGACGCACGAACAUCGAACUGCGGGAACAGUUCAUUCUGGCGGAUGGCGUGUCUCAGAGCAUGGCAGCGUUCCGCCCGCGUACGCCCCGCUCUAACACAAACACGCCACCCUCCACUGGACCCAUCACUAAGGUGAGGGAACGCACAGUGCGCUCGGUGCCGAUGUCGGGCACGGGGGCGGCGGGCCGCAUCAACAUUAACUCCUGGAGGAUCAAGACCCGGUUCCAGACCAGGAUCAAGGGCAGGAUCUAA